AUGGAUAUCAAUGAUGUCCAACCACAGUUCUUUAAGGAGACAUAUACAUUUAGGAUCUAUGAAAACCAACAGUCAAAUUUUCCAGUUGGAUUUAUUAAUGCCACUGAUCCAGAUCUCGGGUCUGGAGGUCAACUUACAUAUUCUCUCCUGACUGAUAAUAAACAUUUCCUUCCUUUCCAAAUUAGAGAUGAUGGUUUCAUUUCUACAAUUAUGUCUCUCGAUCAUGAAUUUAAAGAUGUAUAUGAAUUUCAAGUUCUGGUAAAAGACAAAGGAACUCCUUCCUUAAACAACACAGUAAAUGUUGUAGUUGAUAUCAGAGAUGAGAAUGACAAUGCCCCAUAUUUCACAUUUCCCAGUGUUAAUCCUUUCACAAUGAACAUCCUUUAUUAUCCUCAUUAUACAAAAGAAAUUACUGUUCUUAAGGCUUCAGACAGUGAUAGCCGAGAGAAUGCCUUUCUUAAAUAUGAAAUAACUUCAGGCAAUGAUAAACAGUUAUUUACCAUUAAUCAUUACACAGGCUCAUUAUCCUUUACUCGUGUUGUCACACAGCAAGAUGCUGGAUCUUAUGGACUGGAGUUUGUGGUCAAGGAUAGCGGAAACCCUGUUCUUUCAGCAGCAACUGUUUUGACAUUGUCUCUUACAGUCAGCAACAAGACCUCUGAGAUGACAAAUGCUGUACACAUGAAGACUGAAGAUAAGAUUCAUCUAAACUUAGCCGUUGUCAUUGUCCUGGUGGCUGUAUCAGUGUCUGUGAUCACCACAGCAUUCAUUUCCAUCUGCAUCAUUCGGUGCAAUGAACGACAGAAUGCACUACAGAAAGAAGAGGUAAAUCCUUUUCACAGAUGUGUGAGUGAGCAAAGGCAUUUGAUGUGCCCUUCUUACCAUGGAGAUUCCUGGGCUGAUGUGCCAGUUGCUAUUGCAACUGACUCAGACAAGGUUAAGGAUGCUCAUUUGAGAGGAGCAAGGACUGAAUCACACCCAGCAGAUGACUCGUGUGAUGGACUCAAAAACCUACCUGCAGCGCUAAAUCCCUGGACAUCUAUUGAGAAACUACGCCAGGUAAGUGCUUUUGUAUACUUUACUCCAUGGACAUAUCCUUAA